CUCUCUGCUCUGCUCUAUAGUCCUCGUUUUUCACAAGUCACAGGGGAGGAAGGCGGCUGGGGACGGGGGCGUGGAGCGGCCAGCGCGGGCACGCCGUCGAGGCGGCGCGGCGUUGGCUGCGCUGGUGCGCCCUAUACGCGUCGGCGUACGUGCCGCUCCCACUCGCUGUCGACUGUCGAGCUUUGCUGUCAUCUCCCUCCCCUGAUUCUCCGCCUUCCCCUCCUCGCCGCCCACAAUGCUUCUCCCGGCCGUCGCCGCCAGCCGCCUGGUCCUGGUCCCGUUCCGGCUCUCCGCCGCCCGGCGCAUAUCCUCCCUGAAGGUCCCGUGGAAGCGAGACCCCGCCCUCGACGCUGCCAUCGCCCGGGACCGCCGCUUCCUCCAAGCGUCCCGCCUCGUCCGCGAGGUGCUCCUCUCGCCGGGUCGCCGCCUCCUCUUCCGCUACCUCACCAAGCGCCGCGAGCGCAUCAAGCUCCCCGUCCACGUCCCCACUUUCCUCAAGCGCUACCCCACCCUCCUCGCCGUCUCCGCUCCCCCGGAGCCCGUCGCCUCGCCCUCCCCGCACCUCCUCGCUUUCCUCGACUUCGCCUCCCGCCUCUACGAGCUUCAUGCCCCUCUCCUCGCCUCCAGGCUCGCCAAGCUCCUCAUGAUCUCCUCCACGCGUGCUCUGCCCGUCACCAAGAUCGCCGCCGCCAAGCGCUACUUCGGCCUCCCCGACGACUUCCUGGCCUCGCUGGUCCCGAGGUACCCUGGCCUCUUCCGCCUCGUCGGUGACCCCGGGCCUGACGCGUCCGGGAACGCGUUCCUCGAGCUGGUUGCUUGGGACGAUGAGCUGGCCAAGUCGGUGAUCGAAGCUAAGGCUGACAAGGAGGCCGAUGUCGUCGGAAUUAGGCCGAGGCCAAACUUCACUGUGAAAUUGCCCAAGGGGUUUUACCUCAAGAAGGAAAUGAGGGAAUGGGUGAGGGAUUGGCUUGAGUUGCCAUAUAUCUCGCCGUACGCAGAUGCAUCCGGUCUGCAUCCGGCAUCUCCGGAAGCUGAGAAGAGAUCGAUUGGUGUUUUACAUGAGGUGUUGUCCCUGACAGUAGAGCGGAGGAUGGCGGUACCAAUUAUCGGGAAAUUUUGUGAUGAGUAUAGGCUGCCAAAUGCAUUUGCUAAUGCGUUCACGAGGCACCCAGGUAUCUUCUAUGUGUCACUUAAGGGUGGCAUCAAGACAGCAGUAUUGAGGGAAGCAUAUGAUGAGAAUGGAGAGCUUAUCGAUAGAGACCCAAUGCUUGAGCUGAAGGAGAGAUUUGUGGCAAUCAUGGAAGAGGGGCAUAAGCAGUAUCUAGAGGACUUGAAGAGGAAGAGAGAGGCACUGCAGAAAGACAGGGAGGAUGCAGGUCGCCAGGAUGCAAAGGCAGAGAUUGAGGAUCGGGUUGAGGAGGAAUGGCACAGUGAGGCUUCAGAAGGAGAUGAUGACACAGAUGAUGCUUAUAGGCAGUAGGAGGCCAUGGGAAUGCAGUGUUGUUAGUGGCUCUUCUGCUUGUAGUUCCAUUUGUCCCUGGUCAAGUGUUGCCUGGAGAACUGGCAGAGAAAUUUGGUUGGUUUGCCUAUGUUCUUUCUUUAACCUGCUGGCUGUUAAUACAAGAUAUAUUGGAAUUUAACACACUCUUAGGGCUAGGGAUUUGAGUUUCCAAACUGGCACUUAAGGACUGGUGAGAUCCAUUUGACCUAACAAACUUGGAAGAUUUUCUUGUCAGCAGUCUUCAUGGAUGCCUUUGUUGUUGUUAGUUGACUCACUGGGGCUGUGGAGGGUACAGCUGGCUUUUGUGCUGUGACCUUUGCCAUCCAUUCGGAUUCAGAAAUUAUUGUCAAGUUGAUCAGUGCAAGUCUAUUCCUUUUUAUGGGAUUUUCUUAAAAAUGCCGCAUCAUGUCAUGCUCACUACACAUCAUUAACACAGAUACCACAUAUAUGACAUGAAGUAAUCUUUUUUAAUAUGCGCUCAAGAGUUUUGUGUAAUGGCACAAUUCAAUUCCUUCAUAACAACCUACCCAAAUUUUCAGCUGUGUCUCAUUUGAUCAUUUCUUUCGAGGAUCCAAAUAUCACUAGAUGAGCUAUGUACUCCUGUCCCGAACUUUUUUCCCUCACGGCCACUACAUCGAACAAUCUGACUUCGUGCGGCUCCUGACCCUGGUUGGAAGUGUUCGCUUCAGCUAAAACAGCUCCAGCUGCGGCCUCUCUCUGCAGAUCAUUGUAGCAGCAGCAGCGCUGCCAAGGGAUUAGUUGUUGCAUCCUAUGAUGCAACCAUAAUAUGUUCAUGCAGCAACUCAGUUCAGUUGUACUGUUUGACUCGAGAAAUGUAACAAGCUGUACUGUUAAACCAGGUGAUCCUAUUGGUGUC